GAAAGAUACACUAGAAACACAGGAGUGAAAAGACGCCUGAAUAACAAGAAGACUCAAGACUAAACAGAAGAAAGAUGCUGUGCUCUCAUGGAUUCCCGUCUGCCCUCAGUCCAUUCAUGGACUUCUCCUGGCCUGUACGCAGUCUGUGGCCAGAGGUCAGACCUCUGUUCUACCAGCAGCAUGUCAUGCAGAGAGACCUACAGGAGCUGCGCAGCAGUAUGCAGAUGAUGGACAAACUUCAGCGCCAGAUCCUGGAGGACACAGAGCCUUUCAGGAACAGCGUGGCUCUGCAGCCAGUCUCCUACCAGCUGGACAAAGAGGGAGAGCACUUUGGCCUAACCCUGGACACUCAGGGCUUUUCUCCAGAAGAUCUGUCAGUCCGGCAGGUGGGCAGGAAGCUGAGAGUCAGCGGGAAGACGGAGAAGAAACAAGAGGAUGGGAAAGGCUCCUACUCUUACAGCCUGCAGGAGUUCAGACAGGAGUUUGAUCUGCCUGAAGGGGUGAACCAUGAAGACGUCAGCUGCCAUCUUUCUCCAGAUGGAAAACUCCACAUCCAGGCAGCCAAAAUUCCUUGUAUCGAGGGGACGGAGAGAGAGCUGACUAUCAAGAGGAGCUCAGAGGAGGAACCACAGCAGAGUGUUUGUUCACAGUCAGAAGACAGCAGAGCAGAAACACAGAACGGAUCAUAGAACAAACCUGAAAACAUGGACUCACAUACAUGUUGAUGUGCCAAUGGGAUGAUUUUAGAUUUCAUUGAUAAUACUCUUGUGUGGAUUAAUGUUGUUUUGGUACAUUACUGUAUUUGUUAACAGAAACAUUUGGAAAAUUAAAGAAUAAUAAACAGUUAGUGGUUCUGUUGGUGUACUUUGUCUUAGUAUAUCGUAACAGAAAUGACAUUCCAUCAUGUAGAAAAUAAAUGUACCAAUAAAUAAAACGUUUUCUCAAUGUUUGGGG